AGGUGAGAAGGGGAAGCAGCGAAACUCGGAGAAACGACUCGAACACAACAAACAAAACGAGACACUAUAACCUGCUGACAUUCUGAGGAGGGUCUCAGAUUAUCCUUCAGACAUCUUUGUCGAGUGUGAUGUGUUUCGCGUUGCCGGUCUGGUUUCUAUUAAUCCGUUUAAGAACGUUAAUCUUGGCGAACGGAAGCGUUUGGACAGUUUGUUAGCGUAAGUUAGCUUGUUAGCCUGAUAGCUAGCUGUCGCGAAACGCUCUGAAAGAAAGAGGGUAUUAAUUCUGUAUGAAUGUUUGUUUGUUCACUGCUGAAACUAGUGUCGCUUGGUUUGGAAAGCAGCAGUAGUGUAAACCUGUCGGAAUGGGACUCAGAACGGACACGACUGAAAAAGUGAAAUUAGUUAAACCCUUCUUCAGUGUAAUGUUUGUAAAAGGUUCUGUUUGCACGUAACGUGAGUCUUAACCAGCCAGGUUUCUAAGUAAAUGUAGUUUCUAUAUAGACCUAAAUAUAAAAAUAUUUGUACUACUAAUAGGUUCCGAUAGUACUGUUGCUUUUUAUAUACGAAUUUUGUUAACUAAAUAGCCGAGUCUGGAAAAAGCAGCUUGUCUGUGACUCGUGGUUUGGACACUGCCACCAUGCCUCUGAUGUUUCUGGAGAGGUUUCCGUGGCCCAGUUUGCAGACUUACACCGCUCUGAGUGCAGUGCUGCUGGCUGGGACUUUGUUAAGUGCCUACACAGCUGUCACAGAGACUGAAGCUCCAGCUGCAGAAGAAACCCCAAGCAGCUCCACAGAGCACAUUAAAGUGCAGCAAGCUGACCGUGAUGGAAAUGUGGCCACUGAUAUCUUGCUCUAUCUCCUCUCAGACAGCUUGUUUGUUUGGGUUCUGGUGAACACCGCAUGCUGUGUCCUCAUGCUGAUUGCCAAAGUAAUCCAAUGCAUUGUUUUCGGUCCUCUGAGAGUCAGUGAGAAACAGCACUUGAAGGACAAGUUUUGGAACUUCAUCUUCUACAAAUUCAUUUUCAUAUUUGGGGUGCUGAAUGUGCAGACUGUGGAAGAGGUGGUGCUCUGGUGUUUGUGGUUCGCUGUUCUUAUCUUCCUCCAUCUUAUGGUCCAGCUCUGUAAAGAUCGCUUUGAAUAUCUGUCCUUUUCCCCAACAACCCCCAUGAGCAGUCAUGUGCGAGUGCUGUCCCUGCUGGUGUCCAUGCUGCUGUGCUGUGGAUGUCUAGCUGUGCUCUGUGGCUUUGUUGGCCAUCUCCAUGGCAUGCAUACUGUUGCCUUUAUGGCUGCUGAGUGUUUACUUGUUACAGUGCGGACUGGACAUGUUAUUACGAGGUACUCGAUUCACUUGUGGGACCUGAACCAUGAAGGCACCUGGGAGAGCAAAGGCACCUAUGUCUACUAUACGGACUUCAUUAUGGAACUCACCCACCUCUGCCUUGACCUGAUGCAUCACAUCCAUAUGCUGCUCUUUGGAAAUAUCUGGUUGUCAAUGGCCAGCCUGGUGAUCUUUAUGCAGCUUCGUUACCUCUUCCAUGACGUGCAGAGGAGAAUCCGUCGCCAUAAGAACUACUUGCGUGUCAUUGACAAUAUGGAGUCCAGAUUUUCAGUAGCAACCCCCGAUGAGCUUGUUGCCAAUAAUGAUGACUGUGCAAUCUGCUGGGACUCGAUGACCUCCGCACGGAAGCUGCCCUGUGGACAUCUAUUCCAUAGUUCAUGUCUGCGCUCGUGGCUAGAGCAGGACACUUCCUGUCCAACAUGCCGCAUGUCGCUGAACAUUAACGAGGGUGUGCGAGAGAGGGAAGAGGGGCAGAGAGCACCAGCCAAUGACAACAUGGCUGCAGGGCCUGGAAACGAUGUUCGACCGCACCUCAACCAGCACAACCACUUCUUUCACUUUGAUGGCUCACGAAUUGCUAGUUGGCUCCCAAGCUUCUCUGUGGAAGUUAUGCAUACAACCAACAUCUUGGGCAUCGCACAAGUCAACAACUCGCAGCUCAGUGCCAUGGCCCAUCAGAUACAGGAGAUGUUCCCCCAGGUUCCCUACCAUCUGGUGCUGCAAGACUUGCAGCUCACUCAUUCUGUGGAGGUCACUACUGACAACAUCCUAGAGGGCAGGAUCCAGGUGCCCUUUCCUGCCCAGGCCCUGGAACAAACACCCAUUCAGGUGAGCACAGCCUCUGAGGAGCCUGCAGGCGCUAGUGGGGGUUCAGAGCCCACCACUGCAGAGACGGAGGACCUUGAGGUGCGUGGCAGCCGCUUCUCAAAAUCUGCAGAUGAGCGAGAGAGGAUGCUGCGCCAGAGGAAAGAGGAGCUGCUGCAGAGAGCACGCAGGCGCUAUCUGAACAAAAGCAAUAUGGAAGAAGUUUCUUCCUACUUCUCCUUUGCUGCCUCUGAGGAGGAGGAGGAGGAGGAGGAACAGGAGGAGGAGGAUGAUGAUGUCCCACCCUCUCUUGAAGAAGUGGACUCCAGUUCAGACCCUGUGACCAUACGCCGCAGGAUGCUGGCAGCCGCAGCUGAGCGGCGUAUGCACAGGCAGGCAGACCCACCCAUCUGACAGGGUGACCCAUCCAGCUCAGCCACAUCUCCAUCUUCCCAUGGCUGUCUCUGUGAAGGGGAAAGUAGCUCCUGGUCAUUUUCAUCUCAAAUGAAGCCAAAACAUGCAUGACCCUCACCUGUGCCAUGAUCCAGUCAUGGCUAGUACGUAGCAGACCAGCUGCGUCUCAGUGUUAGGUCUCGGUGUUCACUCUGUUUUAAGGCUUUUCUAUCAGGCACUUUUCAUAUGACAUGCCGGCUUGAUUGUGUCUAUGGGAAAAAAUUCUAUGCAUGUGUCAUUUAUACCUUUUAAAAUGUUAUGUUCCUAAUCUGUCUAAACAGCAAUGGGCUGUUCAGGAAAGAAUUUUGAACUUGGUUCCUAUUUCUUUAGUCCUAUUAGUGUGAAAAAAUUAGGCUGUAACUGAAAUCUGAUGACAUGAGCAUUGUUUAGCAUAGUUCUUUCAGGAACAUGGCAAUGCAAGUGUUACUUUGCAUUUGUUUUAGUUUGAGAAGAUUGCAUUUACCUCUUAAUUAAAAGCUCUUCCGUGCUAGUGUGAUUUUUAGACUCGGAGCUUUAUGAAGUCUAGUUUUUUUUUAAACCUUAAGGUACAAGCUAAUUCUAUGAACAUGGUUAGGCAUGAACUAAAGAAAAUUCUUGGCAUAGUUGGCAUCAAAAUGAUCAUUUGCUGUGUGUGCGUGAGAUUUUUCUGGUUCAGAUUAAAGGUAUUUGAUUCUCUUCCAAAUCUGGAGAAUUGAUCACAAAUUGAAGACGUAACAUGGUUAACUGCUCCCAGCAGUGUCGUGCUUCAGGUGUGUGCGUGCACAGUGAUUAAAGGAGCCACAGAUGAUUUGAAUGCCUGUGGUUUGAUCUACAUUUAGGGUGUGCUGAAGAUGACAAAACACCAGUCAGUUCAUGCUUUCUAUUUGAGUUGCUUAUUAUAUAAAAGGAAAAGUCUUCGGGGGGGGGGGGGUGUUUGAUCAUGUCGUUUUUGUCAAAUUGUCAAGUUUCUGCUUUAGUGUUGGCAUUUGGUUGUUACAUCAAUGAUUCCUAGUUCUGUAAACAAAAUAUACAGUGGAAUGUUACUUUACAUGUUCUUACUCUGUUUAAUGGUAUGUUGGAGAGGGUGAGAGUUGAGAUGUUCAGAUUUGAUCAGGGUAUUGGGAGACGUGUGUUGAGAAGCCUUUUUUUUUUUUUUUUUAAUUUAAAUUCUGCUUAUAGUUUGAGGGUCUGAUAACUUUUUCCAAUUCAGCUUGAGUGACAACUUUUUGUUUAUUUUUUACUAAUUGUUAAUAUUUUUCUGAAUGUAGCUUAAGGAAGAAAUCUCUAUUUUGCAUAAUAUAACAAGUCACUACAAUUAAAAAAAAAAAAAACUUUUUUUUUUUUUUUAAAUAAGAUGAAUGUGUUGGGGCUGUUAUUCUACCACUGGAGUAAAUGCAGGAUUCCACUAGCAUUCCCACAGUAAAUGCUACAUGGCUUAUUAUUUUGACUUCAGACUGGUAAUGUCGUUAUCCUCCUUUAUGAAAGGUUUCUCAGUUAACUACCAUUUUUAAAAAAAUAAAUUUUUUCCCCUUUUAUUUUCUCCCAGUCUAUGUGUUGCCUCUUUCUAUGCAUGAAAUCAUUGCUUAUGAUGCAUAGGUCCUAUAUGGCCUAACACAAUAUUUCCAAAGAAACCAUAAGUCAUUUUUAGUGAGGCUGAAGAUUUCUAGUGAUGAAACUCCUUCUCAGAGCACAGGUCAGAUUUGGAGCUCUACACUGUGCUUUUACAGCUGCACCUUUUGAUCAGUAUUUCACUAACUGAGAAGUGUAAGUAUCUGAACUAUUGUAUCUCCACAGAACUAUUCAGGUACAUCAUGUCAUUGCCAUGAACAUAUGAUUUACUUCUUACUGACUUUCUGUACUAAAUCUGAUUGUACUGAAAGCUUUUUCUAUUAAUCUUUUCUUUCCCAUUUGUGCCUAAAUUCACCAGUGGUUGAAAAGCGGUUGAACUGUAAAUAAUUUUGUAAUGAAGACUGUAUAAUAAAUGUGAAAUGACCCUGUAUAAAAUUCUGAAUUAAUGAAAGUCCUUAUACUGUCACUAUUAAAGGGUUGGUUGUCUUCUG